AAUAUCCGAUUGUUAUCUAUUGUUGUGUGUGAUAAUGUUACAGCUGCAUGUGAUAGAGAUUCUCCAAUAGUUUCGUGAGAGAUAAUAGGAAUGCAAAAUUUUGUUUUAAUUAAAUCCGCCCCUGUAACAGUGUAGGCAGUGAAUCUGAUAGCCCUGCAACACUUCAAGUUUAAUGAGAAAGUGGUAUAAUGGUAAUUGCAGCAGGGUUAUUGCCAAAACUCAGUUCAUGAGCACUGUUUUCAAUGCUCAAAAACAGGUCUAAAGUGACAAUGGGAAGAAAAGAAAUGACCCUUUUAAGGAUUUCUUUUUCAUUUUGUCUUUAAAGUAACCAAAGGAAAAAACAAAAGUAAUCUUAGAACCGUGUAUGGGUGUUUUCAAGCGCACCCAGAAAGAAACUGAAUGAGAAGUGGAACUGUAAAAUCAUUGGUGGAUGGAUUGUGCAGAUGAUCAUAUGUGUGUGUUUGCAUGUGCACGUGCAACACAUUCCUCAAGCCCCUGAAUUCACAAAAAACAACUUCUCAGAUAUUUGCAGUGACCUCACCUGUUAGGGUUAUAAAGUAUAAAUCCUGAUUGUGCAUUCUAGUGAAUGAGCAAGCAUUCUGACCUGAAAAUGGCCUCUCCUGACGAGACUGAGAGGAGUGUGGCCAAAAAACUGAGACAUUUGGGGAGGAAGCUCCUCAAGGGCUCUUCACUUCACAAGCUUCUGCAGUUGCUUCAUAUCAGUUGAAAAGAUGAAGUGGAAUAUCAGGUUUGAUGCCUCUCAAGUAACAACAUAGGGAGUUAUGGCCAUAAAUUGGAGCUUGUAUUAUCAACCCUGGAUCAAGAACCAACUAAGCUAAUUCAAGAAUCACUUGUACCUUGCAUGAAGGCAUUGAUUUCAGAUGAACUUUUGAGGCACACAGAUGAGGAUGUUAAGAUUCUAGUUAUAUCUUGCAUCUCUGAGAUUGCAAGAAUCACAGCGCCAGAUGCCCCUUAUGAUGAUGGACAAAUGAAGGAAAUCUUCAAGCUCACUGUGGCAUCUUUUGAGAAGUUGUCUCACAUAUCUGGCCGUGCCUAUGAAAAAGUGCUUAUCAUACUUGACAAUGUCAAUAAGGUCAGAUUAUGCUUGGUCAUGCUGGACCUUGAGUGUAAUGACCUGAUUAUUGAAAUGUUUCAGCAUUUCUUGAGAUUUAUAAGGUCAAACCAUCCCUGUAGUGCAUUUCAUUCAAUGGAAUCAAUAAUGACUAUGAUUUUACAAGAAAGUGAACAAAUUUCCCCAGAUCUUCUUAGACCACUGUUGGAUAGUGUAGGAAAUGAAAAUCGGACUGUUUCACCUAUGUCUUGGACAUUGGGGGAGAAAGUAAUCAGAAACUGUACUGCUAACCUCAAGCCUUAUCUCAUGAAGGCAGUGGAGUCCUCAGGCAGAGCGUUAAAUGAGUAUGCACAGAUAGUAACUGAUAUUUGCCAGAAUGAAUCUGAAUCCCCUCAAUGUGAUGAUUCGAAUGGUUCUAAGAAGACAGUGGUUCAGGAAGCUGAGAACAAGAUUAAUGUUCCUAAUGAUGCAAAGGAACAACCACACGAUGAAACCAAUGGUCAUGAACCCAAUGUUACUGGUAAAAGAGAUGUCCAAAUUUUGGAUGAUACAAAGUCAAACAGAAGGUCCAUUCUUGAUGGCGAAGUUAUAAAAAAAACUGGUUCAAAAAGGAGAUCAUGUUCUGAAAUUUCCAAGAACUCAAAAAAAGGGAGUGCAAAAACCAAGUUGGAAACUGAAAAUUUAGAGUCUUUUCAGGAACCAAAAUCAGAAACUCAGCUAAAUACUGUGCCAAGGAAGAGGGGCCGUAAGCCUAAUUCUCUGAUGAAUGCAGAAGAAGGCUAUGAUCACUCAUGGAUUUGUCGGGAAACUGAAGUUGGAAGAUCAACACUAUCCAGAAAGUCAUGCAAAUCCAGGUUUCCUUUUCGAUCUUCUGAAAAAGCUACUUCCAGAAAAGAUAAGUUGCACCGAAAGCCUAAGACUGUAAGUGAGACUCUAGUUCAUAAGCCUAAAGGUGAGGACAUAGCAAAAACUGCCGAACUCAGAAGGACUCACAAUAUUAGCAAUGAUUUUCCCCCAAAUGAUACAAGUGAAGGUUGUGAAGCUUCAGCUUCUAAGCCUAAAGCUGAUGCUUCUCCUUCUACAAAUAAUAAUAUUUCUGAUGGAUGUCACAGCAAACGAGGUCGGAGACGGAAAUUAAAUAUCACGGGGAAUCAAGGUGUUCAUUCCAAUUCUUUGUCAAUGUUAAAAGACAACUUGAAUCCUCCGCCUCAGAAGAUUUCUUUGGAUUCUCCAACAGUUAGGUUGGAAAAGGAAUCUGAAGCAAGGAAUACCUCUGAACAAAAACCCAUUAGGAAAAUCAAAUUUUCCUUAAGGCUUGAUGGAAAACUUGUCAUGGGUCCAGAAUCAGCUGCUAAUGCGGAGCCUAACGAUUCAUGUGGAGAAGAGGGGAAACACAAGUCGUCUAUGAAUGAUGAGCCAGCAAGUAUUAAAGAGGGCAGAUUCUCAACUCAAACAAAUGUUAAAAGGAGGAGGCUUGAUGCUACUCCUAAUGAGGGCCUCAACAAAUUAUCAGCAGUGAAGGAUCUGACAGCAGUAUCUGCAAGUAAAACAUUAAAUAGUGUCAAGGAAACCCCACAAGCAAGGCCGAGGAGAAGACACAGUAAUGUGAGUGCCGAGGCAUCUGAAUGUCUUUCCAAGGAUAAAUCAUUGGUCGGUACUAGAAUCAAGGUCUGGUGGCCAAAAGAUAAGACGUUUUAUGAAGGUGUUAUCGAAUCUUAUGAUCCUAUCAAAGGAAAGCACAAGAUUUUGUAUGCUGACGGUGAUGUUGAAGUGUUGAACCUCAAAAGACAGAAAUGGACAGUAGUUGACGUUUCUUUAGACGAGGAAGGGCUUACACUUCAGAGGCUUGCAGAAGCAUCAGACGUAGCAGAAAAAGGUAAGGAAAAAUCAGAACUGGUGUCAGCCAAAGCUGCAACUAUCAAAUCUCAGUCCAGAAAAGACUCUAAGAAGCCUAGAAACCAGAAGAGGAACAGCUGAUUCUGUAUAAAUGGAGAAGGUUGUGCAAGGUUACCUGCUAUGGGCCUCAAUGCAGUGUUACUAGUUGGCUCUAAAGCUUGUAACUUUUACUUACCCUGUUAUCAGUUUAGUAUGUUUUUGUUUCAUAGUGAAACUUGUCAAUCUCUAGAAUGGUUUGAUAUAUUAUGGUGUCUAAGACUGUUUACUUCAAAAGGGUUUUUUCACACCAUUUUCAAAACCUGGUAAUAUGUAAAUUUCGUCAUGUUUUGUGUUAGAAUAGAAGGGUUUGUUUAAGACUUGUAUUUUUUGAAUAGCAGAGGAAAUGAUUUUUCUUUU